UUUGUUAAAAUGACUAAUUGUUUAAAUACUUUCCAAUUAUCAUUUUUUUGAGUCAUCUCAGCUGUCACUUGUCAUAACAAACGCUAAGGUUAUGUUUUUCAACAAAUUCCACCUCGUUCAAAAUUAACAGUUAACAAUUUUCACUCAUUCCGUCAUGACGUGACUUCACUCAUCCCCAAGUUUCCCCAAACACUGUCAUGAACGAUUACGAAGUACCAAAAAAGUGUCUCAAAACCCCCACGAUUUGCUUCGUAUCGUUGCGACGUCUCAUCGCCAUAAUCUUCGCUCUUAUCACCGGAUUAUCAAUCGUGCUACUUUGUAAAUUAUACAUUAAGUUUAUUUUACUAUGGUUGGAAAAUCAAGACCCUAUUGUGAUUUCUGCAACUUUGAGUAUCCUUUUCAUCCUAGUGUCUCUCCCCAUCAGUAUAGGGUAUAUAGUGUUGGUGGUGGCUGAGGGGUACCUCUUCGGGUUUACUCGAGGCUUGGUUUUGGCCAUAAUUGGGGCAAAUUUGGGGCUUCUGGUAGCGCACAACAUCCUGAGACUCGUGGGGCACCAUAAAUCAAUCUACAAGUUCACCCAGAAUGACACAGCACAAGCGAUAAUGAGGCUCAUUUCGGGGCCCUUGUGCUUCAAAAUUGUCUUCUGCUCAAGGCUGACCCCCAUUCCGUUUGGACUCCAAAAUACGAUUUUUGCUUUGAGUAACGUCAACGCGAAAAUCUACCAUUUGGCUUCCUUUUUGGGGCUCAUGCCGGCCCAAGCCGUGGGGGUCUACAUUGGGACCACUCUCAGAUCCAUGCAAGACGUUUUAGAGGAUCGACCCGCUUCCACUGGAACCUAUAUUUUUAUUUCCGUUCAGUUGGUUGUAGUUGUUGUUUUGAUGCUGUGGUUCAGUGCCAAGGCAAGAGCCGAGCUGAUGAGGGCUUUGGCCGAGGCAGAGGUGUCGGCCACCAAAACAGCUCAUUUUUCGGUUGUGUGAUAUUUUAUUUCAAAUAAAUAUUUUAAUAAAA